CAUCGAGGAGCGCCGUGCCAGCGGCGCGAGCACAGCGACGGCGGAGCUCGUCCUUGCCAGCGGCACGGACGGACGAACACCGUCCGCUCUAAAUAUAUGAGUAUACAGUCAUGCACGAUUCUCGGAACUGAUUGUUGAAACUCGUCGCUCUCUCCUCCAAAAACUCUAAAAGCAAAGGUGAAAUGGCAGAAAUAUAAAAGUUUCAUACACAGUUACCUUCUGAUUCACAAUUGCUGCUUCCACUUUGAGCUGCCGAUUCACAAUUACUGCUUCGUCUUUUCCUUCUCAGAUCUGCAAUCACUAUUUUGUGCUUCCGUUCUGCUCUCGAUGCUCUGUCGCCAUGCUUAUAUAUCUGAAUGUGUUUUGGUCUCAUACAUUUGGUACGAAUUGGGGAUUUUUGCUACUUUAUCAUUUGUUCGUGAAAAAAUGAUUUACUUUCUAAACCAGUAGUGUUUCUCUUUGGUAAUCGUAGAAAAAUGAAUCGCCAAUCAUCAUCGCCAUUAUUGUGGCGCCGGAGACUUUCUUCAUUUACGGCGGUGUUUGCCGUUACUUCCGUGUUGCUACUCACUGGAAUCUACACUACAGAUAAAAAAAUCAUGAAGUUAUGGCCAGUUUUAUCGGAGACGAAGAUCAAGAGCUCAACCUCAAUCACCGGGAAUAACCACCAGAUUGUCUCUCUCUCUCAUCGCAAGCUGCUAAACAAUGGAAAGGGACGUGAGAGAGAAAAGGGAGCGGUGGAGCCAAACAGGAUAUGGAGCGACCAGUGCUCGAAAUCGGACAUAAUGAUCAUCCAAGGCGCGACGGAGGCGCUGCCGAACGGGAUUCCGGUGUACACGGUGGAGAUCAGCAACACCUGCGUCUCCGGCUGCGACAUCUCGGCCAUCCACGUCAGCUGCGGCUGGUUCAGCUCCGCCCGCGUCGUGAACCCUCAUGUCUUCAAGCGGCUCCGCUUUGACGACUGCUUGAUUAACGACGGGAAGGCGCUCCGUAACGGCAGGACACUCUCUUUCCAGUAUGCUAACACGUUCCGUUACGCCCUCUCCGUCUCCUCCGUUAGGUGCUCGUGAAUAUAUGAGAGAUGUAUAUACAGAGUAGAGGCAGAUCAAAUACUACUAGUUCAGUUAUGAUUUUGGUUUAAGAAAAAACUCUUUUUUUUCGUGAAAAAAAUGUAAAUGGGGUUUUGAUUGAU